CUUUACUUGGCUUAAGUGGCGCUUUAAUAUACAGCUGGAGUACAUCUAAUUAGACACACAACAUUGCAAAAAUUUAAUAUAUUUUCCAAUUUGAGGCCAAUAAGACUAGUGUGUAAAAGAAUUCGGCGUGAAAUUAAUAAAAAAAAUAUUGAGCACCCUGUGUUAACAGCUAGCAGCUGCUGCUGAGUUUAACAAUCAGCUGUACGUUAUCAAUGAGGCCCAAGCAAACACCGGUAUGGAGCGACUCUCGAGAUUGUUUUGGCCAGUUUUGGUGACACCAAAGAACGCUGUGAUAAAGAAUGUCGAAGCAAUUUCACGUAGUCAGAAGUUGCUAACCGAAUUGGGUUUGGUUCGGCCAGGCUACAAUGGCACCUACCAGCUAAUGCCACUGGCGCAACGUGUGUUGGAUAAGUGUGCCGAUUUGGUACGUCGGCAAAUGCGCAGUGUAGGCGCACAACAAAUCACAUUGCCGAUAUUGACGCCUUCGGAGUUGUGGAAGAAGUCCGGGCGUCUCGAUGGUGAUAUAACCGAAUUCUAUUUAUUAAAUGAUCGGCAUGGCAAACAAUUUCUGCUGAGUCCAACACACGAGGAAGCAGUAACCGCUAUGCUGGCAAGCAUUGCACCGAUUUCUUACAAACAAUUACCUUUGCGACUUUUUCAAAUUGGUCCCAAAUUUCGUGAUGAGCUGAAACCACGCUUCGGUCUCAUUCGAGCAAAGGAAUUUGUUAUGAAGGAUCUCUAUACAUUUGACCGUGAUGCGGCCACCGCAUUGCAGACAUACGAACAAAUGAAUGCAGCUUAUAAUGCGCUCUUUCAGCAGCUGCAAGUGCCAUUUGUUAAAGUGGAAGCCGCUACCGGCAUGAUGGGCGGUAGCGUCUCACACGAGUAUCAUUAUUUAGCCGCCACUGGAGAAGAUCAACUUAUCACAUGUGACUCCUGUGGUUAUGCCGCGAAUAUUGAAACAAUUAAUGAGGCCGAUAGUGACAAACACUGCCCACGUUGCAAAUCAACUAAACUACGCAGCGUGACUGGUAUCGAAGUCGGACACACUUUCGUAUUAAAUGAUAAAUACUCUAAACCACUAAAGGCGACGUUCCUACAAGAACAUGGCAAACCCGAAAAUCUUGUAAUGGGCUGUUAUGGCAUUGGCAUCAGCCGUUUGGUGGCAGCCGCAGUGGAAGUGCUUGCUACUGAGACUGAAUUACGUUGGCCAACACUUUUGGCGCCCUUUGAUGUUUGUAUAAUAGGCGCGAAACAAGGCAGCAAAGAAGAAAAGUUAGCAAAUAGUGUGGAGCUUGAGUUCUGUAACGCGCUCAGUGGAAUUUGUAAUGAGGACGAUGUGCUGAUCGAUGAUCGUAGUAAUUUAACAAUAGGCAAACGAUUAUUAGAUGCGAAAAGAAUGGGUUAUCCCAUUGUUGCUGUAAUUGGCAGCAAGGCAGCGCAGCCAAUACCAAAAGUUGAAUUACACUUGACUACGGGUGAUACAAUGGAAGUUGAGCCAAGCGAAGCCUUAGCUUUAAUCGCUAAGCAUAUAAGCCAUAAACGUGCGCUCUACAGCAUAAAACAGGACAUUAGUGCAAGUGCAAAGUCUAGCAAGGCGUCUAUUGGUUGAUUGUCACUAAAAAACUAACCGUGACAAAUCUCCGCGAGUCAUUUAUUUAUGUAUUUUUGAAAACAGUUUGCAUAUUAAAAUUGUCUUCUCAAUAUUUUAUAGUAUUUAUAUAGAGCACUGCAUUUUGUUAACACAAUUUUAAGAUUUUCUGCUAAA